CCCCCGGCGCUAGGCCCGGCUCGCCCCCCCGCCCCGCCCCGGCGCGGUUUUGCCUCGGGGAGGGGGAUGAGCUGUUCCCGCAGGGCCGCGCUGCCCGGGGGGGAAGGCGGGCAGAGCCCCCCGGGGCCCUCAGGGCUGGGGCUGGCGGGCCCGGCGGGGAACGGGGGCCUGGCAGGGAACGGGGGCCCGGCGGGAAACGCUUCCGCGCUCGUUCCGGGCAGUUAGCGGAGAAAGGGACCUUGGCUGCCUGGGCUGGGGUGUGCUCGGAGCCCCGGCAGCGCUUGAAGGAGCUUCUGUCGUUCUCUGCUUUGUUCCCUUCUUUGUUUUUUUGUUUCUUUCUUUCUUUCUUUCUUUCUUUUUCCCUGCUGGGGUGUUUUUUUUUUCGCGCGUGAGCUGCGGAAUGACCUUUUAAACUUGGUUUCUCGGUGCCCUGGCCGGUUUGUUGGGGAGCCGUGCGUGUGGCCUGGCUGUAGCGCUCCGGGGCUGCCUGUUCCUGCCAUUCCCGAGGGGAAAAAAACCCCUUGGGAGAUCUGGAAGGUGCUUGGCUGGAGGUUGUUCUUUAGCAUCAGCUGCAGGUAGAAGAUGUCACCAAGCCUUUUGAGAUGCAAAAGAUAACGCUUCCUGCGGGGUGUUGCUUUUGUUCUGAGGCACGCUUAUAAUUGCCGCUGUUUCGAAAAGGAAGAUGAAGAAGCUCCAGGUUUCACCUGUGCCAUCACGCAGGUCAUGCCUGUCAAACUGGGGGAGUUUCUGCUUGGAAAUCUGGUCAUACGGUACACGUUAGUGGCUGUAGGUGUCCUGCAGGUGAUCAGAGCAGAGUGUUCAGUCCUUGUGAGGAGCAGCUCCCUUUUGUGAAGGGAGUGGUGAACGUUUUGGAGUUAUCCUGGCAUCGCGUAGUGAUUGUUUUUGUUCUAGCAGAGAUUAGAGGAAGGAUCUGAUGCCCUCUUUAAGCACUGAUGUGCUGAUAGUUGCUCAGCUGCUGUAAUGUUAUACCUCUCUUCGUAUGGAAACUGGAAUAGGAAAAACUUUGUUUUCAUCGCUUUUCCCCUCGCACAGUUCUUGUUUCAGUGUGAAAAAGGCUCUGUUGUGAUGGACUUAGCCUGUAUGAGUUGAAUAACUCUUUAAGUUAUUUGCUUUAAUUAGUUUCUCCCAUACGUGAUUUUUCCUUCCUUUUAUCAUGAAACUCUUUGGGUGAGGUACUCUAAUCACUCUGCAUUGGAGAGGAAUGAGUGUCUUUUUCACCUCUGGAGGAACAUGAAAAGUGUACUGAGAAAAGUACUCAACUUGUGGUCCUUUGUUAGAGCUGGAAAACCUGCACCUUUAAGAACAGAUGUGGCUCGUAAGAACAACUGAACUUAGAUCAGGUGGUAGUGGAGAGGCUUGUUAGUGGCCCAGGGAGUAGCUCAUGGGUGUAUGAAUUUAUAAGGCAGCUUGGUUUCCCCCUAUACUGUUCUGUAGACCCUAUUGUAUGAUCAGUUAUCUAUUCUUAUCCUUUGAUAGGGUUUUGGACACCUCCUUGGUGUAAGAGGAGAAACAUUUGUUUGCCUGUCCACAAUCUCCAAAUAGCUGUAAGGCCCAGGGGGGCAAAAUGAUCCAUUGCUCUAACAUGAUGUAGCCAUGUCUGUACGUGGAACCUUGUGGGAAGGCUGGGAAGUGGAAAGAGUUGUGUCUUACUGAGGGCGACCAACUCAUGUUUAAAGGCAGGAGGGUUGCAGCAAUAACUACAGAGCUGGUGAGAAGUGUGUAUGUCCUGCCAGUUACCCUUUCUGUGUCAGUGAGAAUAACUACUGUAGGAAGAUUUACCAUAUUUUUGCCUGCUUCUUUCUGUUCUUCUUGUAAAUGCUUUUUGCAUUGUCUGAAUUAGGGUUGCAUAAGUUAUCAGGUGUCUUAUAAAGCCAGCUAUGAAGUUUGUCAUUUUUAUGGUCUUAGUUUUACAGCUUGUAGACCUGGCUGUGAUCUCCUGGGGCAAGAGGACUUAAGAGAGGCAGUGCUGCAAGAAAUGGUGUUGGUGAUUGAAUUAGUGAUUUGUCAUUUGCAAAAGGGCUUUUUAUCCCUAUGUGCUGUGGUUCUUGAAAGGAGAGGAGGAGACUGUUCUGCUAGAGGGACAAACAUAAGAAGCUGAGGCCUGAAAAUAUCUGAUAAGUCUUACUUCCCUUUUGUAGAAGUGUCAGCCUCAGUAUUCUGGGGAAAUCCAUCCUUAAAUAAUUGUGUUCUACUUCCUUGGCUCAAGUGCAUGAAAUGUCCUUGCCUGUCUCUUAACAGCUCGUCUGUGCUGGUGCAUGUACUCUCUACACUAGCAACAAAACACAUGCCUCAUUAAGAGUGUGUGCCAAGGUGAAAGAUAGAAAAAAAAAAAUCUAAAAAAAGAGAAGUGUUAGUUUGAAAAUAUGUUAACAUCCGUGCCUUUGUGGUUGUCUGGGGUUCCAAUCUUGAAAAUUGUCCCAAAGAGUUUCUUGAGCUGAAUUUCAAGGAGAGUAUGCUGGAAUAUCACUUCAUGGCCGAAUUAGAAUCCCUUCUUCCCUUUUUAAUUGAAUGAGAAUUUUCUGGUUUCAGCCCGGCUGUGGUGAUUCAGGUGUGUCCUGCUAACAGCUCUGUCCCCAGCAGUGACCUUUGUCAUUGAAUCAGGCGCAGUUCAAACCUGGUUCUCUCUUCCUGUUUUUCCAUGGUUUGCACUGCAGCCGUUGUCUGCAGAGUACAAGGAUCUAUUGAGGAAGCUGCUCUUUCAGUGAGCUCUGAAAACGUGUCAGGAAGGGGCCUGGCUCAGGCAAAAUAAUGGGAGUGAUUCUGCAAAGCAAACCUGCCAGAUCUCUCUGAAGACAAAUUUUGCUGUCAGACUGACUGUCGGAAAGAAUUUGCGAGGGCUUUUUGGACUUCUGGUUUCACAAAGGUUUAUCUAGGCAACAAUGGCAGGUGAAGACUGUGCAAGAAAACGCCCGUCUGGCUCCACUAAAACCUGCAAGACCCCUGAAAAUGAAGAAACACAGAGGAGACCUGAGAAUGACAGGUCAUUUCAAAACUCAAGCAAUGGCCGGGUUGAUGUCGACCAUGUGAUUACAAGGAAAAUGCAGCUAAUAGCAGAAGCUGAGCAAUUGAAGCCAGCUUUCAUGAAGGAAGUGGACAGUCACUUCACAGAGUUUGUGAACAGUUUCGUAGCAAAAUCUGCACUCCUCGACUCGUCAUCUUCAGCCUCCCUCUUCCCCGCUUCCUGCUCAGAGAAGGAACUGCACAAAGCCAAGACCCUAAGGGCUCCCCCAGAACAUGGAAAGAUCUUUACUGCCAGAAGGUCCCUCUUGGAUGAGCUGUUUGAAGUGAGUCACAUCAGGACAAUCUACCACAUGUUCAUCGCUCUUCUCAUUGUCUUCAUCCUCAGCACACUUUUAGUAGACUUCAUUGAUGAAGGAAGGCUGGUCCUAGGAUUUGAUCUUUUGGUCUUUGUUUUUGGGAAGUUCCCAGUUGUCUUCUGUACUUGGCUGUGCAUGUUCUGUGCCACAGUUACCAUUCCAUACAACCUUUUUGUUUGGUGGGCCCAAGGCUACAGCAGCUCCUCCCAUCGUGUUGUCCACUCUCUCUUCUAUGGGAUGUUGUUCACGCUCUUCCAAACAGCUGGGCUUGGAUUUGGACCAACCUAUAUUGCUGUAUCAUACGCCCUGCCUCCAGCUUCCCGUUUCAUUGUAAUACUGGAACAGGUUCGUCUUGUUAUGAAAGCUCAUUCGUUUGUCCGGGAGAAUGUGCCCAGGGUCCUGUCCUCUGUGAAGGACAAGUCUGGCACAGUACCUAUUCCUAGAAUUUCCCAAUACCUGUACUUCCUCUUUGCUCCCACCCUUAUCUACAGAGACAACUAUCCCAGGAAUCCCACGAUAAGAUGGGGCUAUGUAGCUACCAAGUUUGCACAGGUGCUUGGCUCACUUUUCUAUGCCUACUACAUCUUUGUGAGGCUGUGUAUUCCUCAGUUCCGCAACAGUAGCCAAGAAACCUUCAACCUUCGAGGGCUGGUCCUCUGCAUCUUCAAUUCCAUUCUGCCAGGUGUACUGAUCCUCUUCCUGGUUUUCUUUGCAUUCCUUCACUGUUGGCUCAACGCGUUUGCUGAGAUGCUGCGCUUUGCAGACAGGAUGUUCUACAAGGACUGGUGGAACUCCACUUCCUAUGCAAACUACUACCGAACCUGGAACGUGGUAGUACAUGACUGGCUCUAUUACUAUGCCUACAGGGACUUCCUCUGGUUUUUUGGUAAGAAGUUCAGAGCAGCAGCUAUGCUCUCUGUCUUCACAGUAUCAGCUGCUGUGCACGAAUAUGUUCUGAGCAUCUGCUUUGGCUACUUCUAUCCAGUUCUCUUUUGCCUGUUCAUGUGCUUUGGAAUGGUCUUCAACUUCAUCCUUAACGACCGUCGGAAGGGGCCCAUCUGGAAUGUGAUCAUGUGGACGUCCCUCUUCCUGGGCCAAGGUGUCAUCAUUUGCCUCUACAGCCAGGAGUGGUAUGCCCGCCAGUACUGCCCUGUGGAAAAUCCCACUUUCCUGGACUACUUAAAACCACGUUCAUGGUCAUGUCAUACGAAGAUGUAAAGAAAAAAAAUGCUCUGGCCAUGUCAUCAUCAAAGAAGAUCAGACUUGUCCUCCAAGUCUUUGGACCAAUGACCUAACUCACUGGACUUUUUCUAAGGGAAAAUGUGCCUCCUGGUUACUGGGGAGAAACUGUAAUUUUUGUAACUUUACUGAGGCAAACCAGUUGACCUGGAUUGCAACGAGCUUCACAGGCAGCAUCUCCUACGUGCUGUCCCACUUGGAGCCAUUUCCAUGCCAGUAAAACAUUGAGCUGAAGGUGGAGUCUGCUGGAAUCCUACUCAACCAGGGGUUCUCCCAAGUUGCUGCUCUUCUGGACAAGAGAUACAACCCAGUCAGAUUUGCUUGUAGCUCAUUGCUGGUGUCCGUCCAUUUUCCUUAGCCAUCCCUUUGCAAUGUUUUUCUGCCUUUUGGAAAUGGGAUGUCUACAAAACAUAUUUGUGCUCCUGUCUGCUGCUAUGACACAGACAGGUGGCAGAGCAACAGGGAAUUUGCCUCCUUGCUCUGCAAAUACCCAAAGUAUUCCCAGGUGGCUUUUAACUGCAUCCUAUGUGUGUUGGCUGCCUUCAGAUUCAAAAUGGGCAGAGGAAGAAGGGAAUUGCCAGUUUACUGAUGGCUACGUGAGAGAAUCAGGUUCAGAAGCAGGACACAGUGUGUGCAGUUUUUAUAUGACUUGGUACACUGAAUAUUGGUUGUUUUCUCUGUAUUGAUUAAGUUCCCAACUGACUUACAACGUUGUUCUCUGAAGGUUCUUGUGGCCUGAGGAAUAAUUUGUUUACUGUAGCUCUUCCUUUCUCUUGCUCUUGAUAAUCAGUUCUUUCAACAGUUGUAAAAGAGCCUUGGCUUUAAUUUGGCAGGUUCUUCAAGGUAUGCAAGUUGUUAAGGCUUCCUUAAGUGAGAAAGAUGAGGAAGAAAUACCCAGCUGUAAGAAAAUGCAGGUGCCUGGUGCAUUCUUAUCUGAAAUGGCUGCGUCCAUGUGCCAAGCUGUCUCUGUGCCUCUGGCCAAUGUGUGUUGCGUCAGCAGCUUCUGACACCCUGGGUGGGACAAAAGGGUUGAUGCAGUGGCUUUUUCAUCUGCCUAUGUCUGCUCCUCAGGUGAAGACCAGUUUCUUAGGUAUUGCCCUCCUCUUUCUGAAGACAUUGGACAUCCUCCCAUCGUGCUGUUAGAGGGAGAAGUGUUACGUGAAUUGGAUGUUUCAGUAUCUAUUAAUUGGGCAUUCCUUCAGGAUCCUUGUUCUGCCAGAUGCUCAUCACAAAAAGGAGCUUGCAGAAUGUCUGGGAAUGUCUCUCUCCAGUCCUACUGGAAGGACAGCUCUCGUUAUUGGAGAGGGAGGGUCACCUGAUGGAGGCCCCUUCAUGUUGCUGACAGGGAUUUCUGAAUUAGUAAUAUGUUCUUUAUUGACACAUUUAAUAGAAGCAUUUACUUCCUGUCCUUUAGCCUACAUAUCGGAUACCAGCAGUAUUGGGACUAUUGAUGGACUUGUCUCCCAGUCCACUUAGGACUGUCUUUUGGGCCUCUUGUUUUUCCUCAUCUGAAUCAAAAGUAACUUCAUGAAAGUUAAACUCCUCCAGGGAACAUUCUGUCAGGUCAGAUUUGCCCAACACAGUGUUUGCUUGUGUGGGUCUUCUCUAUGUCCUCCUAGAACUCGUUUGUUGAACAAGUGGGGUCCCUGUCUGAGAGAAGAGGUGAUGUAUGUACUGAAAUUUGGCAGUAUUUGUAUAUAAACAUAACUGAGAAUGAAA